AUGAGUAAGGCUGGCGGGCUGGGUGAGCCGGGAGAGGUGCACAUGCGCCUUGACGCGAGUGCACGCGGCACGCAAGUGGACGAUGAUGGGCGCUCAGCUCGGCGGCGGGAUGGCCGGAGUAGGUCCGCCGGAGCGAUGCCGGAUAUGGCGGGCAUAGAGCGGCGGGGAGACUGGGGAGGACGGUGGGGAGCAGCGCGAGCGCGGGGAGAAGAGCUCUCGACGGAUUGUGGCGUAGAAGUGACGAGUUGCCGGCGGGUGGCUGGCGGGAUCGCUGGCGGGAGAAGAGCUCGCUGGAGGGGCUUCGACGCCGAGCGCAAGGACAGCGCGCAGGUCUGGGAUUGGAAAAUGCGCAGUUUCUCUGAGUUGCGGCGGAUCGCGGGACCGGAGGGCCCGGAGGAGCUCCGGAGCUUGAAGGCCGGUGAAGCUUAUUUGAGGGUGGAAGCCGGCGCGGGAGUGGAGGGACCCCGGAAGCAGUUGGGCGUGAGAACACCCUGGAAUGGGGGGAGCCAAUGGCGAGUCGACGGAGGGAGAGUGCCGAGGAUCGUUCGAUCAGAAUCGAGAUCGAGUUGA